GAUUUAAGGAGCAGAUCCAACGCACACACAUUUUCCCUCUCCAACUCCAUAAUCAUAUGUAGAUUUUAAUCUUAAUUUUCUCCAAUUUUUUUUUAAAAUUAAUACUUGAUGUUUUAAUAUAAUAAUUAAUGAUUUGAUAGAAAUCAGAAGAAAGCUAGUAAUAAAGACUAUAAAAACGGGGGGAAGAAGUUAAGUUGCAGGUUAAAAGUUGGGAGCUUAUAUUCCUUCCCACUGCUCCCCUAAUUUAUUCAAUUCUCCCGAUCAUUAAAUUUUUUUAAAUAAAAAAUAAUAAUAAUCUUGAAGCCUAGAAUUAUUAUUAUCAGCUGCAACUCAAUCUUUGAUAAUAAUCAUAAUUUUUUUGAUCAAAUGGCUGAGGAUUGUUCUGUGGAUGUUGAUGAUGUUGGUUUCGAAGAAGGAUUGACAUGGUUACCUGCUCACAUUCUUCAUGAAGCUUGCGGUGGCCAAAUUUUUGAGGAGCAAGUUGGGCAUCGUGCAAGGCAUUACCAGCAUCAAAAUCAUGUCAAUGGUCCAGGAUCAUAUCCUCUUCAUCCGUUGAAAAGUGGAAGAAAAUACCAAGAGAGAGUAAGAAUAGGAAGCAAGAGAACAUCAGGAGGGCCUGGAAUGCAAGCUGUGUUUUUAGAUCAAGCAGGUCAUAAUAAAACUUGCGGCACCGGAGUCUUCCUUCCUAGAAGAGCAGGCACCGACUUCCAACCUACCAAAAACCCACCUUGUUCUCCUGUCCUGCUCCCUUCCCGCGUUGUGCAUGGUCUAAACCUCAACAUUCAAGCAUUAGGGUUACAAAUCUCUCCUAAACAAGAUCUUAAAACAACUCGAAAAGAUAGAGUUCAUAACGCCAAUUACAAGAAAGAAGAAAAAGAUCCAAGAGAACGUUGUGAUAUCAUUUCUCAAGACCAAAAAAUUUCUCCAGAAUUAUUUCUUCCAAAGGAAUGGAGUUACUAGCUUCAUGUUUAUUUUCAAGUACAUAAAUAACAUGCAUGUUUAAAGAAAGAGAAACUCAUCUUGUAGCUAAUUCGAUCAUUUAAUUAAGUUGCAUUUUCUUUUAUAAUCUUCUUUAUCAUAAUUCUUUCAAUGGGCUUGUAAAAGUUACUCCUAUGUACAAGAGAAGGUGAAGUGUGAAUCAUUGGCAUUCAUACACUAAAAAUUCAAUGACAAUCAAUAAUUUGUUAUUUGCCAAA